CUUUCUCUCGCGUGCUCCCUUCCGCUGCCCUCGUGUGCCCCCCCUUCUUUGCACUCUGGGUUUUGGUUUCCGCAGCCCACAUUAGCCAUGGAGAAUUAGGCUGUCCUGCGUCCGCGAGGGGUUUCUUGUGUGCUCUGCUCCAAACCCUCUCUUUUACUUUAAUGGACCGAAUUACAUAUUUAUCAAAAAGGCCUCCUUCCCUCUGCUGUUAUGAAUUGCCCUAGUUCACCGUAGAGGGCUUAUUUUACCUCUCACCCCCCUCUGAGGGUCGUUUUAGGUUUUAGAUUUGUCCAAGCCAAUUCAAUCUCCGCCUUUUUGUUGAAUUCUCACUCUAGGUCCGCAAUUACUUAAUUCCGUCUGCCCUCCGCGAUGUUAGCAUCACAAUAUUCAUAAUUUGGUGUGGAAUCUACUUGAAAGGUUUAGAGACCCCGGCCUAUUUUUGAACCAUCACCUGUCCUGCCUUAUCGAUAGGACAUGCACAAUAUGAUUCAGGAACUUGCCUUCUUGCGUUGUUGUCGAUCAGUUUUUCUAGCUGUCUAGUUUGUCAAAUUAAGGAUUUUUUCAGACGACCUCUUGCCCGUAGCUACCCGCCAGUGGUUUGUGGUGGCAAAUUCGGUGAAUUGAUCCUCGCCAAUGAUAUACCCAUUCGCUGCCCACCUGCAAUUCGCAUGUACUUUUGCUCGAGAAUGAUGUUCGAGAGUUGGUGGCUUUUAUUCAGGGUGGCAGUCAGGGUGGACUAUUAUUGGCUAUAUAGGUGGAGUGAAGGGAAGGUGAUACUGGAUGUCGGAGAAGGCUUAGGUUGGAGCAUGAGGGACCGGGAAUGUAGGAGCAGGGUUUCACAAAGCACCAGAUGAACUUGGAAGCGGUAGGGGAACUUGCAGGAGUGCAGGCAAUGGUUUUCAUGUUCAGGGGCAGAGUAGAAAGCAGUGUAAUUAGAUGGAGUGGCCAGUGACGUAGUACAUAGUCAGGUUGUCGGAUCAGGAGUAGAAACAGGUAUUUGGGAACUGUAAAGGCGUUCAGAAAUGCAGACACAAACGCAGGUUCCAGGGCAAGUUCUAGGUCAUGCAGCAAUCGGGGCGCAGCAGAAUGGAAGCGCCCCCAACAGUACGGGAUUACCGAGUACAUGGCCGCGAUGGCAAUCAGAGCAGGACACCAGCCUCCGCCGCCAUAUCGUUGAGAACAUACUGCAGCUGUUCAAGAAUCGGAAGCCACAUGUGACUCCUGAGUGGCAGCAAAAGCUUCCUGAUUUUGUGAAGCGGCUAGAGGAAGCAUUGUACAAGAAUGCACCUAGCAAGGAGGAAUACGCAGAUCUUAAAACAUUAGAGCAACGGCUGCAGUCUGUGGCACGGCGCAUGGUGCCAAAGCAACAACCGCAUUCGAUGGCCACAAACGCUCCCAUGGGUGUAAUGAUGCCAACCCCUGGUGCAACGUCCAAUAUGAUUCCUACACCUGGGAACGGGAACACCUUGAUGCCCACUGCUAGCGGCGUUAGCUCAAUGAUGCCCACACCUGGGAGCACAGGGAACAUGAUCCAGCCAGGAGCUGGCAUCGCAGGAGGCUUAAAUGGCAUGAUGUCAAUUUCAGGGGGUAACAACAAUGUUAUGAAUGCCAUGAGCCAUGGUGCCGGAACUAUGAUGCCAACACCAGGGACUUCUAGCAACAUGAUACCCACCUCUGGACACACGAACAUGUAUAAUAUAUCUAGCAGCAAUUCGAUGUCUACUCCUGGAGUUUCUGGUUCUAAUUAUACGUUGGAUUCUCAGCAACCCUUGGGUAGCGCACGUAUGGCUUCAAAUGGACACACACCAUCCAGCUUGGGUGUAGCAGCUGGUAGUCAGAUGAUCCCAACUCCGGGACUCAACACUUCUCAGGGAUUGGGGAUGGCUCCAGCAUCGUCAUGUGGCCUAGGGCUCCCACAUGGUGGAGUUGGUGUAGGACAGUUACAGCAGCAUCAGUUUGGAGUCGGGCCAGGUAAUCGCAUGUUUGAUGGCAUCAACGGGCAACUGAGUGGAGGUCUAGCAAGUGUUGUUCAACAGCAGCGGAAGCCUGGCUCCUCAGUUGGGAUGGGUAAUGGAGGUCUGAACAAUGGAACGGUGCUUGGUAAUGGGCAGCACCUAAUGAACGGAUCUCCUAACCUGCACUCACCGGCUUCUUUUUUAAACACGUCUCAGUACUCUAGUUUGCAACUUCAGCAACAACAGCAGCGGAUGUCCCAACAGCAGCAACAGCAACAGCAACAGCAACAGCAACAUCAACAUCAACGGUCUCAAAAUCUACGAAUUCAACAGUCUUUGCCAAAUUCAAUGGCACUCAUGGGAGGGGGUAGUUAUGCAAUGAAUGCAGCAGACCUGGCUGGUGGCAAUUUUUCUUCUGGAGGUCUUGAACCCAACAACCUGGGUAUGACAUCAUUUGCGAACUCACAGGCCCCGAAAAUGAUACCCGUCCCAGGCUUGCCAUCACAGCAAACUCAGCAGCAGCAGCAGCAGCAGCAAGCCAGUUUUCAGCAGCAGGUUCAUCAACGCAAUAAUUUGCAGCAUCAGCUAAAUAAUGGCUUGGCGUCCAGGAAUCAGCAGCAACAGCUUAACCAGCUAUCUAAUAAUCAGAGUCUAUAUCAUUCUCAAGGGCAGCAGCCUUCAGCGCUGGAACAGUCUCAACAGCAACCAGUAACAUCGCAGAUGCAGCAGACAGCGUCUGAUGCGCAACAGUUUACACGCAAGCAUCAGAGCUUGCAUUCUCAGCAAAUGUCUACUAUUCAGCAGCAACCACAGCAGCAGCAACAGCAGAUACGACCGCAUCAACAACAGCAGGCUACACAAGCACAGAGGCAACAAGCAAUACAGCAGCAGCAGCAGCAGCAGCAGCAGCUCAAUCGUCUUCCCAAACCUGCUUCACAGCAACGGCAAGUUUUCACUAUGAUCCAGCAGCAGAGGCAGGGGCAUGCACAGCCGUCACAACAGGUUAUGCAGCUACAACAGCAGCAAUCGCAACAGCAGUCUCAGCAACCACAGACCCAGCAACUUCGAGGUUCUGGUGCUUCUCAGGUCUCUUCUCAGUCUCAAUUUGUGCAGCAACAAGAAACACAGCACGUGCAGUCUAAUCAGACACCUCAGCAAAACACUUUUGGCCAAGGAGCCUCUUACCAACGAGUGCCUGUUCCUGGGCAACAGCAACAAAACCAGGCAGCACAAGCUCGUCAGGCUGGAGGAACAAAUGGCUCUACUCUUCCUUCUUCUACCAUGAAUGCCUCUGGCCAAGUUGGAGCUUCUACCAUGAAUGCCUCUGGCCAAGUUGGAGCCAAUGGAGCUCCGUCAGGUGGAUUGGUUGAAUCUAGUGGGCUUAACGUGGAUGCUCAGAGGCAGCAACAGUACUCAAAGCAGCAGAGAUGGUUGUUGUUUUUGCGUCAUGCUAGUAAGUGUACAGCUCCAGAAGGAGAAUGCCAGAUCACUCCUCACUGUCACAUGGCAAGGCAGCUCUGGACUCAUAUAGCAUCAUGCCGAGAUCGGGAGUGCACAUUCAGUAGAUGCAAUGCAUCUCGCACUUUGCUUCACCAUCACCAGCAUUGUCGUGAUGCACGGUGUCCAGUUUGCGGACCUGUACGCCAACAAGUCAUGAAUCAACAAAGAGGGCAAGCUAAUCCUCCAGCUGCGCAACAGGGAGGAGCAGCAGGAGCUGCAUCCAACUCGACUAAUCCAGGUGUGUCAUCAUUUGCUUUAUCCCCCAAUGGGGUAGAGUCUUGUCCUACCGGCGAGGCUGCUGCUUUGGAGGAAACGGAUGUACAACAGCCACCCACGAAGCGUGCCAAAACGGAACCUGUUAGUGGCAGCAGUUUGCCUUUGCCAGGAACUUCUACACAUACCUUAGCACCCGGUAAGCCAGCAGCACCUAAACCAAGUCCUGCACAAAUACCAGCACGCCCCCAAAUCAUGGGGACAAAACCUGAGCAAGUUACAGUGAAGACAGAGAUUACGGCCACCUCAGGACCUGCUUCAACCAAAGUUGAGCAGCAGUUAAAUGGGCACCAGACAGGUGUGUUUAUGCAUAGUGGUUUUACCAGUGCUAAAACAGAGGUACCUAGCCAACCUAAGUCAGAGCCCCGACAGCAGGUGUCGAAUGCAGCAGUCAAAGCUGAACCUCAUAAUGGAGGUGCCACUGUACCUACUUCUGCUCCUAAGGUUGAGUUAGGUGCGGCUGCCGCGCCAGUGAGCAAUAUGGCAACAGUCCCAACGAAGACUGGAAAACCUAAGAACUUAGGCACAUCAUUAACUGAGCUCUUCACACCUCAGCAGAUUCGUGAGCACAUUACAGGGUUGCGCCAAUGGGUUGGCCAGAGCAAGGCCAAGGCUGAGAAAAAUCAGGCCUUGAGUGAGUAUACAAUUAGUGAAAACGCAUGCCAACUAUGUGCCGUGGAGAAGUUGACGUUUGAUCCCCCUCCAAUCUACUGCACUGCAUGUGGGGCCCGUAUAAAGAGGAACGCUCUAUAUUACACUACUGGCUCAGGAGACACUAAGCACUACUUUUGUGUGCCUUGUUACAAUGAAGUUCGAUCAGAGAAUGUGGAAAUGGAGGGAAUGAUUUAUCCAAAAUCAAAGUUGGAGAAGCGAAAGAAUGACGAAGAAACAGAGGAGGCGUGGGUACAAUGCGAUAAAUGCAACUUGUGGCAGCACCAAGUUUGUGCUUUAUUCAACGGUCGCCGAAAUGAAGGAGACAGUGAAUACAUUUGUCCAGAGUGUUGUUGUGUGGAAAUGGAAAACGGUGAACGUAAGCCACUGCCCCCAUCUGCAGUCUUAGGUGCUAAGGACUUGCCAAAAACCUUCUUAAGUGAUCAUUUGGAGCAAAGAUUGGCACGUAAACUCAAACAAGAGCGUUCAGAGCGGGCCAAAGUUCAAGGGAAGAACGUGGAUGAGGUUGCCAGUGCAGAGGCCUUAGUGGUCAGAGUUGUGUCCUCUGUGGACAAGAAGCUGGAAGUCAAGCAACGGUUUUUGGAAAUUUUUCAAGAAGAAGACUAUCCAACUGAAUAUCCAUACAAGUCGAAGGUGGUAUUGCUGUUUCAAAAGAUCGAAGGUGUAGAAGUUUGUCUCUUCGGCAUGUAUGUCCAAGAGUUUGGGAUGGAAUGCUCUCUUCCAAAUCAGCGAAGGGUGUACUUGUCAUAUUUGGAUUCUGUGAAAUACUUUCGCCCAGAUGUGCGGACUGUCAAUGGAGAGGCUCUGCGCACUUUUGUUUACCAUGAAAUUCUGAUUGGCUAUUUAGACUAUUGUCGGAGGAGAGGUUUUAGUAGUUGUUACAUUUGGGCUUGCCCACCAUUAAAGGGUGAGGAUUAUAUUUUAUAUUGUCAUCCGGAAAUCCAAAAGACACCCAAAUCCGACAAGCUUCGAGAUUGGUACUUGACGAUGCUGCGAAAGGCAAGCAAUGAUGGGAUUGUUGUUGAGAUCACUAAUUUGUAUGACUACUUUUUUACCUCAACUGGCGAAUGCAAAGCUAAGGUGACAGCAGCUCGCUUGCCAUAUUUUGAUGGUGACUACUGGCCAGGCGCAGCCGAGGACAUGAUAGUGCAAUUGCAGCAGGAAGAGGAGGACGUUCGCAAGAAUGGUUUGAAGAAGGGCAAGACUAAAAAGCAGCCAACUAAACGUUCUUCUAAAGGAAUGGCCCAAACCGAGCUGGCUAGCAAUGCCAGCAAAGAUAGCCAACUUAUGCAGAAGUUGGGAGAAUCAAUCUUCCCAAUGAAGGAGGACUUUAUAAUGGUGCAUAUGCAUCAUGCAUGCACGCACUGCCGUCUCUUCAUUGUUAGCGGUUGUCGCUGGGUUUGCAAGCAAUGUAAAAACUUUCAGCUUUGUGAUAAAUGCUAUGAUGCAGAACUAAAGCUUGACGAGAGGGAGAGGCAUCCCAUUAAUAUGAAAGAACUGCAUUCUUUUCAGCCGUUUGAAAUCCUUGAUAUUCCAAGUGACACAAAGGAUAAGGAUGAACUCAUGGAAAGCGAGUUCUUUGACACUCGACAAGCGUUCCUAAGUUUGUGUCAAGGGAAUCACUACCAAUACGACACUUUGCGACGCGCAAAACAUUCUUCCAUGAUGGUGCUUUACCAUUUGCACAAUCCAACAGCUCCGGCAUUUGUGGUGAGCUGUAAUAUUUGUCAUCAGGAUAUUGAGGCGGGUAAUGGCUGGCGGUGUGAAACUUGUGCCGACUUUGACCUUUGUAACAAGUGCAAGGAUUCGGCGAAACACCCGCAUAAACUUACUCCGUUCCAUGAUCGAACUGCCCAGAACAAGGAAGCUCGACAACAGAGAGUUCUUCAGUUGCGGAAAAUGCUCGAAUUACUGGUACACGCAUCCCAGUGUGGAAUAAGUACCUGCCAAUACCCCAAAUGUCGUAGUGUGAAAGGCCUGUUUCGGCAUGGCAUGAACUGCAGAGUUAGAGCCUCUGGGGGUUGUAAUAUGUGCAAGAGAAUGUGGUACCUUUUGCAGCUUCAUGCUAGAGCUUGCAAGGAAUCCGAGUGCAGGGUACCUCGUUGCAAGGAUUUGAAAGAGCAUUUGCGCCGACUACAGCAACAGAUGGAAUCACGACGAAGGGUUGCGGUAAUGGAAAUGAUGCGGCAAAGGGCAGCUGAAGCUGCAGGCAGCAACAGCUAGAAUAUGGUGCCGACCGUUAAACUCGUGUUCAUACUUCAGGAGAUUGUACCUGCGCGGAAGCUAAGAGCCAACCGACUAUCGUUCCUCCCAGCUUUUAGUGAAUCAUACUUGCGUGGAUAACCAGAGCCAUUCUUGGAUGGAUAUCACGUUAACUAAAGAUGGGUAGCAUAUCUCGACAGACCUGCUGGAAGGAUAACCUUCUGAAUGGUCACUCUGGUGAACGGCCUCGAAGCGCGUGCAAUUCAAUGCUAGGGUGCUCGAGCUUAAGCAUUGCGAAGAGAUGUGCUGUUUGGUGUGCUUAUGGUUUGUCUGCUACUUCCGAUUCAGUAUGGGUUCAUAGAGGAAAUUUCAUUUCAUUUCAAACCUUGAGCUUUAGUGAGCAACAGUGGCCAAGCGAAGGACAAGCGAGUCUUACAUUCCUGAGUGGCAGGUAUGACCCCAUUGAACGGAGAGAUGUAAAGGUUGUAAGGGUGCAGUGUCAUGUUCGAGGUCAAACUGAUAGAUGUGCACAUCAACAGGAAAGUUAGGUCAAUAGAGCUGAGUGCUGUGAUAAGUUGCAUUUGUACAGUAGCCUUAGCAUAGUUAUGAUUUGUCUUUUAUGCAUUAUUGUAAUGUCGAAUUAAGCAAAUUGCAUAUUGUGUUCUUUUGUGAA